AUGCCCUGGCAACCUUUGCCUCGCAUCGCCUUCGCCGUAGCGACCUAUCCCUUUGCCGCCUCGAGUCCCGCCGAUUUACCUCUUGAGCUAGGCGACGAGCUGUACAUUAUCGAAGAAACCCCCGACGGCAAUUGGCUCCGCGGCUAUCUGGUCGCGCCUCCAAGUCUGCUCGCCGGCUUGACCAGUGUCAAGGGUCAGACCUUAGAGGCCCGCGUCUUCAGUGGCGUAUUUCCCCGCAGCUGCGUCGAGGUCCGUGAGGUGUUGGGUGAGGUCGACGACACCGACGAUGUCGAGAGCGAAGAUGACACGGCCCCGGUAUCCGAGCCCACGCGUGGAGGGGCCGAUUCGGCAAAAGCUGGGCUAGGAGGGAACAACGCCGAGAGGAAGAGGAGGAAAGACAACCUAACAGGCCCGCGGAGUAAGGCCUCCAGGGAACAUAUCGCCCUUUCUAAUGGAAACCAAGGGCCACUCUCACUGCCCGUGAAGCGGGAUCCGAAUGCGCCCCGACCACCGGCGCCCGUACCUAUGCUCAAGAUUGGCGACGAGACGCCAACCUCAACUUCGGAACCGCUUAUUGACGAGAUAGCGUCCUGUCUGAGGGAAUGGCACUCGACAAAUCUCCACGAGCUGCUGCUGUCGCGCCAGUACGGGAAGUUAGACACGCUGUCGCAGCUUAUCAACGCCCUCAACUUUUCGCGCCAGCAGUUCUUGCACGACGUGCUGACGACAUGGGAGUACGAAAAUCUGCGCGAGAAGACCGUAUGGGACCUAGUCCGUGUCAAUAAGCUGUGCGGGGGCGAAGUGAUUGUGCGUGACCCGCACGCCCGUGGCCGGGUGCUGACCGGGGACGACUCGGUUAUCGAGAUCACGAAACUGCAGUCCAUCAUGAGCCUCCUGGACGAGACGCCAAAACACACAGUCGAGCUGACUGCGCUGCACCAUUUGCUGGUGGAUAUCAAGGGCCUCGCCGGUGCAUCCACCGAGGACACCACCCUGGUACUGUACCUGGCGACAAAAACAUCCGGCGGAGCGUUGACGCCCCUCUCCGAAAACUACAUUGUCGAAAUGCCCGCUGGCGGUCGAAUGGUCCAUCUAGCCAGGAACAUGCAGAUGCGCACCCUCUUCGCCGACUUGACCGCCAUCGAGAUCGGCGAUGUGCCCUCGGUCGAGUCAGACCUGUUCCUCGUCGUCAAGAUCCGCGCGCCGCAGCAGGUCACGGGUGCAAAGCCCGGCUCGCGGUCCGGGUCGCAGGGCCCGCCGCAGUUCUCGAAAGACCCGUCGAAACCGCCGCUAUCCGCCGGGGGCAAAUCAGUACGUAGGAGCCUGAUGUGGGCCGGCAAGAGUACAAGGUCGGCAUUUUCGCGCGGCAACGCCAGGCUUGAUUCGCUGUCGGAGCAACCAGAAGAGGCAGGAUCGCCAACCACAGCCGGCGCAGAAAGUCGCGACGGCCCGCCGCCCAGCACGGCCAACUCCAAGACGGGCCGCGCUUCUGUGGACGGUAACGCAGCCCAAUUGAUGGCCGAUAAAACGGUCGGCGUUGGCGUGCUAAAACUGAACUCGGUCAUGAAAGAGGACGAGGAGGUCGAGCACAUCGUGAGUAUAUGGUCUCCAUCAUCGAGGGGCCCCGAGAGGCAGCAGGAUGGCGACGAAUGGGACCCAAUAAUCCGUGAGAUUAUGGAUAGUAAGACAGGAUACUACGAGAAAUCGAGAAGGGCGGAACGCUUGCAGGUACAUCUCAGAGCAUUCAGCCAUCCGGAUGCGGAUGCCCUGAUCAAAGAAACCCCCACCGUGCUCUCCGGCAUUUGCAAGACGAGCAAAAUGGGCUUCUCAGGGGCACCAACAAAGCAGCGGUCCGACAUUUACCUGACAAUCGACGAGGCCGUCCUCACCCGGCAGACUCUAUUGUCUCGAUACGGCGGCAGCGCAACGUCUCUCCCGAACACCAUACACGGGAACAAUCUGCAAAUUACGCUCGAAGUCCGCAGGGCGUCCGGUGAACGCAUCGAUAGCUGCAUCCACCCCUCGUCAAACUCAGAACCUGUGAGCACUUGGAAGACGGUCGUUACUGAACGUGGAGAUCCUUGGCGGCAAUCAAUUAAGCUCGUCCUCGCUCCUGCAGACGUCCAACAGGCACACGUGGUGAUGCACCUCGCCGAUGCCCCUAAUCCGCCCUUUGCUGUGUCGUACAUGCCUCUUUGGGAUAAGCAAGCGUUUAUCCACGACGGGCCGCACAAUCUCUUGCUCUACAAGCUAGACGAGCACACGGCCACGCCUCAGCCUGGCCCGCAGGCCAAGGGCGGCUACCUGAGCCUACCCUUUUCUGCCAGGGGAAAGGAUGAACAUCAGGCCGAGGUGACAGGGCCUUUCGCCGUGGUGCGCGUCGAGACCUAUCUGUGCAGCACGCGGUUUUCCCAAGACAGAGUGGUACUGGGCUUGCUGGCAUGGAAGGAGGCUCCUCGGGAUGGUAUCCCAAAUCUACUGAAGGAGUUUAUUUUCGUCGCUGAGAUUGAAGUUGUCAAACUGCUAAGCGAUGUUCUGGAUGCUCUGUUUGGUAUUCUUGUCGAGUACUCUGGCAAUGAUGAUUACGAAGACCUCGUGUUCACGGCGCUCGUGAGGGUGCUGGAUAUUGUUCAUGACAGGAGAUUCAACCUGGCGCCACUAGUCGACCAGUACGCCGAGAGCAAGUUCAACUAUCCCUUCGCUACGCCGUGUUUGGUUAGGUCCUUCACGCGGCUCUUGUCGAAGCCUACCGAGCCUGAGACGGCAAGAAAGCUUCGCGCUACCUUCAAGGUCGCGAGGCAUAUUCUCAAGUUCAUCACACAUGCCCGAGAUCAGCAGAAGGCGAAAGAGGCGGGAAUCGGAAUCACCCACUCAAGUCCAGGCUUCACACGUCACCUGCGGGGCAUCUUCAAGGCCCUCGACUCCAUGAUGCGCAGCACCGCCCCUGUCCUUGUGGGCAGCCAAACCCUUGCCGUUCAGCACUUUCACACCUGGCUUCCGGAGCUUGCCGGGCUCUUGACUACCGAGGAGAUUCUGCACAUCGCCAUCGAUUUUAUGGAUUCUUGCUCGGGGGUCAAGGGCAAGCUCGUCCUGUACAAGUUGGUCCUCAUCAUCAACUACGCAAAGCUCGAGAUAUUUUCGCACCCGGAGCAGCGGUCUGCUCUAAGCGCAAAUACCGUCAGGUGGAUAGCACCGCACUGGGGACAUACUGACGAGGUCACGGAGCAGUGGAGAGAGCAGGUUCGCCUCUGUUGCUCCGUUCUCGCCAGCCAGGUCGACCACCUCGGCCCCGAGAUCCCCGACUACAUUCCCAAAAUUAUCCAGUCCUAUCUGGUCAUACAGGCUGUCCCGAAGAAGCCCAAAGACCGCCUGUCGCUUCUUUUCCCCACGUCAUACCCAUUCCCGAGCAAGCCAAUCACCGAAGAAGCCGUGUUCGAUGAGGCCCUCAUUGAGCUCUCGGCCGUCCUCUCCGCACUGUCCAACUCACCUGCCGGAAUGCAGCUCGAACUGGCCGAGGAUGACCUCAACGUCAUCGUGGAAAACUCUCUCCGCGUGCACAUGAGCAUCUUGCAGGGCGAGACUUUCCCUUCGAAUUGGCUGAGCGUGCACAUCUUCCACCACAAGUCGACGAUGCGGACGCUGCAGUACCUUGCCGGCAUCCUCCUAGAGUCGUUUCUCCCCCACCCGGACGAGGCCGAGAACUUCAGCACCGAGUUGUGGAAACUCUUCUUCACCACGCUGCUCAAGCUAGUCGGAAGUCCUUCGCUCGCGCUCGAGACGUUCCCAGAGCAGAAGCGACGGGCCGUCUGGAAAAUUGCAGGUGACGUGCGGGAACAUGGCGCCGAGUUACUUAGGCGGACCUGGGAGGCCAUCGGGUGGGAGACGACCAUGGAGGAGCGGGCGAGGUACGGCUUGUCCAAGAUGGGCGGGUACCAGGUGCAGUACGUGCCGACGCUCGUGGGGCCCAUUGUCGAGUUGUGCCUCAGUGUGCAUGAAGGGCUGAGGAGGAUGGCGGUCGAGGUGCUGCAGACCAUGAUCGUCAGCGAGUGGACGCUCAGCGAGGACCUAUCAGUCAUUCAGACGGAGAUGAUUGAUUGCCUGGAUGUCUACUUCAAGACGAAGCCACUGACUGAGAGCAUCCUGCAGAAGCUGUUUGUUUCUGAGCUGCUGCAUCGGUUUGAGUCAUUGUCAAGGAUGCCAGACGAGCCGCUCUAUGCCGCGAUCCGUGAGCUCACGGAUACAAUCGACGUGUUCUUGGAUCUGCUGGUUGCUGUCCACAGCGGGGACGGCUCAGGAGAGGCGUCGCAUCUCAUCCACCGGUUGAGGCUGAUGGAGUUCCUGCGCGACAUGCAGAAAGAGGAGAUUUUUGUUCGCUACGUCCACCAGCUGGCGAACCUCCAGGCCAAGGCGAGGAACCACGCCGAGGCCGGGUUGGCCCUUCGACUCCACGCUGAUCUAUACGACUGGGACCCGCUCAAGACGACACCAGCCCUGCACGACCCCGAGUUCCCAGCGCAAAGCCACUUUGAGCGGAAGGAGCGCAUCUACUUCGACAUGAUUAAGCACUUUGAGGACGGCGAAGCAUGGAGCAGCGCUCUGGCUGCCUACAAGGAGCUUCAGGCCCAGUACGAGAACAACACGUUUGACUUUGCCAAGCUUGCCCGCACGGAGCGCGCCAUUGCCAGCAUCUACGAGACGAUUGCCAAGAGCGACAAACUGGUGCCCAAGUACUUCAAGGUCAUUUAUAAGGGGCUCGGCUUUCCAGCCAGCGUGCGCGACAAGGAGUUUGUGUUUGAGGGUUCGCCAGCUGAGCGUACCUCGAGCUUCACGGAUCGCAUGCAGGAAAUGUACCCAUCAGCGCGCAUUGUUACGAGCGAGCACAUUGAUGACGUGGAGGGUCAAUUCCUUGUCAUCUCACCCCUCAGUCCGCAUCGUGAUCUGAGCCACAACGUCUUUCAGCGGGCGCGGGUACCGCAAGUCAUCAGGGACUAUUUGGUGUCUGCCCAUCCUCAAACCUUUUCGGUCAGCACCAAGAGGAACACGACAGGGCCGGUUGCCGAACAUUACUCGGAGAAGAUUGUCUAUACAACAGCCGAGCCGUUCCCGACCAUACUCCGGCGCAGUGAGAUCGUUUCGGUGCGGGAAAUCCGGCUGUCGGCGAAGGAAACGGCGCUCGAGCGCAUCGUGCGCAAGACGACCGAAAUGUCAGCUGUCGAGAAGAAGGUUGCUGACGGCGAGGGUGGAGAUGAGACGGUGCAAUUGCUUGUUGACGCCGUUGGCAUCAGCGUGAAUCCUGAUUCGGAAAGCAGUGUUGUUCGUUACCGCGAGCUGCUCCCUAGAGCGUCUCGGCCUGGUCACGGCUCUCCGGCGUCUAACGAGAGCCAACUUCAACUGGAUGACGAGAAUAUCGAACCGCCAGAGUUCGACCCGCAGGAGAACGCCAUCAGGAUGGCGCUUGUCGACCACGCGAUUAUGCUGAAACGGUGUCUAGCGACGUUUGCCAAGAGCAGGAACGAGAUCCUCGUCCGGCAUUUGGACGACCUCCAAAGACUCUUUGAGUCAACCUGGGCACCCGAGAUAGCCCUCUUCACCCCGGCUCCAAACCACUCCCGCGACCAAAACAACAAUGCCACCACGCCUUCCCCGACGUGGCCGCGCUCCCCGCUAUCAGCCGGAACAGGUCCCGGGUCUCUACAACAAUUCACAUCCAACCGCCCGCGAGCCGCCAGCACCGCCACAAACGGGGCCCCUAAUGGAGUCACGACCGAAGAAGCGACCAUCGCGCAGCCGGUAAAGGGCCGAGGGGCGCGAUUGAGCUUCCUAGGCGGCCGGAAGAAGGACCAGCAGGCGCCGAAACAACAGCAGGAGAUGACCAACGGCGAUCAGCACGGGCCCAUCCAGGAGGAGGACGAGUCGGGCUCUAUGGCAAAGACCAAGGAGAACAGAAGGAGUUUCUUCCGCUCGCAACACCCGCAGCAGCAGCAGCAUCAGCAGGUGAAUGGGACCGAUUCUGCCCCGCCGAGGAGUGAGCACGGUGGUUAUGCAACCAGCAAUAAUCUCGUCGGGACUACUACUACGAUCAGUAAUAGUAGUAGCGACUGGGUGACGGAUGUUGGGGGCAGUCACUCGGAGGUGUACUCUACCGUGGGUGGGGAGAAGCAAGGCGUCAGGGUGGCCGAGACGCAGGUCGGGCAGGCCAACCAACAUCAGCAUCAUCAUCCUUCCGGGCUGAUGGGAGGCGUGGGCAGCGUGAGGAAGAGGCUGAGCCUGUUGAGGCUUGGCAAGAAGAGCAGUAAAGGCAUUGGCGCGUCUGGAUUGGGCGGGUUGGAUGAAGAGUAG